UCGUACUUGUUUAUGGGUGGGUGUAAAUUGAAUUUAAAAACGAAGUUUGUAUGUUAGAUUGUAAAUUCUGUCUGUUUGUGGAAGACCCAUUUGCUGUUUCUUGUGGGUUUGAUUCAGGAAAGAUCUAAAUAGGAUGGUGGGUGGGUGGUUGCUUGUAUGACGGCUCUUAGUCUUUGGUGUUUGUAAUUGGGGAUUCCCAUAGUUAUUAUUGAUUUGUUAGCCAUUCUUUCAUUUGGUUAUCCAACACUAGAAGUAGUGUGGAACACUCAAAUUUAUCAUCCAACAGAAGGGAAAAGGGGAAAUGUGGGGAAAAGGAAAAUGAUCGAUGAAGUUGUUUUAUGUUGUUUGAAGGGUUGAUCCUCUUAUGAGGCAACCCAGUAUGCCAAACCCCAAUGUGGAAGAGAAGGUUGCGGUGGGGCCACCAGAGAUAUGAAGAUGUGCUAUUUGUUCAUGAGAAACGAGUUGAUUUCAAGAUUAUGCUGCUCACAAUUGGUGGGAAAAGAUUGAAGCUUACAAUCUGGGACACAGCUGGACAGGAGAGGUUUGGAACAUUGACAAACUCUUAUUAUAGAGGUGCACACGGCAUUAUUCUAGUUUAUGAUGUAACAAGGCGAGAAUCCUUCACAAACUUGUUGGAUGUUUGGGCAAAGGAAGUAGAGCUCUACUCCACUAAUCAUGAGUGCAUCAAAUUUCUAGUUGGCAAUAAAGUUGAUAGGGAUUGUGAAAGGGCUGUUACUAGAGAAGAAGGAAUGUCCCUCGCACAGGAGCAUAAAUGUUCAUUUCUUGAAUGCAGUGCGAAAACUAGAGAGAAUGUGCAGCAAUGCUUUAAAGAGCUCACCUUAAAGCUUUCAGAUACUGCAAGUACCCAGUUUAUUGGAACAAGGAUCACGAGUGGUGGAGAGACAAACAUUGAUGCAGAAAGAAUUAUACCAGGAAUCUCCUCGCAGUUGUUGCUUUUAAUCAAAAUGCUUUGAAAUAGAGGUAGAAUUAAAACUACAGCUCAGAAAUCCCUAGGCAUUAGCAAUAAUGGCAGUCGAAUAUCAUAUCCUUCUGAAACCAUUCAUGAUAACUUGGUGUACAGUAGUUCAUAAAUCUUAUUUUGAGCCUUUUUUUUUGGUUUCUAGCUAUUAGGAUUUGGGAGAAUACUUUGCAGCCAGGGAGAUGAAUUAUUGGGUUUAUGUAAUGACUCGUUUAUGUGAAUCUGUUUCUUUUAUUUGUUUGUAUCUUCUCCCAAGGAGGUGCUGCCGUUAGAAUGACUUUGGGUAGGUACAGAAAAAACCAGUGAAAAAUGUUUUGUAUCCAAAGUGACUUGUAGCAUAUGUGUCCAAAACAUGAGAUGUAUAGACCAUGCCUUGAAACAAGAAUUUGUUUGAUGUUUGUAUUCUAUUCUCUGGACCUACAUGCUUCUAAUUAAUAGUUUUAUGCUGACA